GAAGAGAUCGAUUGGAUGUUUGGGGUGUAUAAAAGCUACUGCCGGGUUCUGAGCUGAUGCAUACCGAACUCAAGUGUUCUAACAACCAAACCAACCAACCACAAAACCUCUUCUAUCACAAUGAAGUUCAUCGUCGCCGCCGUCGUCCUUGUCUUGGCUGUUGCCUCGGAAGCUAUCUGGCCAGCUGCUGGAUAUCCAUGGGGAGGACCUUGGGGAGCCACCGUUGUCCAGGCUAAUGCUCCAGCUUGGCCUGCUGCCCACUGGGCCGGUGCUUGGCCACAUGCUGCUGCUUAUGGUGCUUGGCCAGGUGCUCACUGGGCUGGAGCUUGGCCAGCCGCCCAUUGGGGUGCCCCAGCUGCCUCGGUUGCCCACCAUGCCGGAGUUGUUCCCGGAGCCACUUCCGUUACUGCCACCCGUGGUGCCGUCCAUGUUGCACCUCUGCCAGGACAUGCCAUCUCCCAGAAGCAGCUGAACCUUGCCCCAGCUCCAGGAACCCUGUAAAUAGGAUACCAAAAACGGAAAUGAAUCUCAGCAGCAGAUUAUUAUUGCUCAUUGACUCAAGAAGACAAACAACUGCCAUGAUUGCCUAAAACAAACAUUUGCGAAACCGAAGUUCUGUGUUAAACGUGUGAUUUUAUUGUGUAAAUAUUUAGAGCAAUUAUUUACCGUGUCUGUAAAUAAAUGUGAACUCUCUAAUAAUGAAAU